AUGCCUCUGGACUUUGUUCCGUGGAGAAGCGGGAUGUGGCUUGAUGGAGUCCAUGCAGACAAGUUAGGGUCUGCAGCUUUUAUGGUGGACGCGUUACUUCUCACCACAAUGGUGCUACUCCUCAUUGUGCUUGCCUCAGUCAUUGUUGGAAGGAUCUUCAUUUUCCGUGGAGAGAUGCUAAACGGCUGGCUAUGGUCCGAUCAUCUUUCAUGCAGGUCGCUUGCAUGGCUUGAACUCUGGGGCCGUGGAGUUUCUUAUCCCGGAGAUGCGCUGCCCGUGCGACAGAAACGCCUCGGAAAGUGGAGGAAGCAAGAUGACAUGGUGAAACUUGAACCUGGAUGGACUUUCCUGUCUGCAGAAGAAUCUCACGAUUACUCCGAGAAGUUGAUGCGGGACCAGUAUGGUGUGGUGGACUGUAUGAGCGGCGAGCCUUGUGGCAGACAAAUCUGGGUGAAGCAGACUGCAAGUUCCUUGCAGACAUCUCCAUCAUUCGACCCGUCCAAGAACCCGAACUCCUCAGACCUUCUCUACCGCGAGCAGAGACUCAAAGCGUGGAAGGGCAGAAAGCCUGAAGAAGAACACCUAGAGCCCAAGACAGCGAAAGAAGCAGCAGAGAAAGGGAUUCGUUUCUAUUCUAUGCUGCAGAACGAAGACGGUCACUGGGGAGGGGACUAUGCUGGGCCCAUGUUCCUUAUGCCCGGGCUGAUUUUCACAUGCUACAUUACGGACGUAGAUCUUGGAGCAAGAAAGAGGCAAUGA